AUGGCCACAUUCUUUGAGGCGUCGUUCCAGAACGGCUCACCAGUUCCUAGCCCCUUUCCCAAUGUUUACCCACCGAAAAAUUACGGGAGUAAUUGCUACGAUUCAGCGGGCCAACCGCAAGAGCUUCGCAAAUUCGAACACUUCAGCAUUGUCUCUCAAGAGAGCACCCAUGAUGAUUAUUAUAAUGAUGUCGAAGGGUGA